ACUUCAACUGAGAAGCCAACUACAACUGAAGCACCAACCACAACCACAACAUCUACAAUACCACCAACUGAACCCACUACUUCAACUGAGAAGCCAACUACAACUGAAGCACCAACCACAACAUCUACAAUACCACCAACUGAACCCACUACUUCAACUGAGAAGCCAACUACACCUACAACUGAAAAAACAACCACAACUACCAAGUCGACAGCACCACCAACUGAACCCACUACUUCAACUGAGAAGCCAACUGCAACUACAACUAAAGGACCAACCGCAACCACAACUGAAGCACCAACCACAACUACAACAUCUACAAAACCACCAACUGAACCCACUACUCCAACUGAGAAGCCAACUACAACUACAACCGAGAAAACAACCACAACUACCAAGUCGACAGCACCACCAACUGAACCCACUACUUCAACUGAGAAGUCAACUGCAACUACAACUAAAGGACCAACCGCAACCACAACUGAAGCACCAACCACAACUACAACAUCUACAAAACCACCAACUGAACCCACUACUCCAACUGAGAAGCCAACUACACCUACAACUGAAAAAACAACCACAACUACCAAGUCUACAGCACCACCAACUGAACCCACUACUCCAACUGAGAGGCCAACUACAACUAAAGGACCAAUCACAACCACAACUGAAGCACCAACCACAACCACAACAUCUACAAAACCACCAAUUGAACCCACUACUCCAACUGAGAAGCCAACUACACCUACAACCGAAAAAACAACCACAACUACCAAGUCGACAGCACCACCAACUGAACCCACUACUUCAACUGAGAAGCCAACUACAACUGAAGCACCAACCACAACCACA